CUGUGGCUGUGGCAGCGCUCCCGCCCCUUCCCGCCGCGCCAUGGCGGCCGUGCUGCGCGUCCAGCGGAAACGCGGCGGCCCCGAGCCGGCCGAGGCGCUGCUCCUGGCCUGCAAGCGGCGGCGGGCCGAGCCUGUGGAGACCAACCUCUUCAAGCUGGUGGCGACCGUGUCCUCCAAGAACGAACCAGUUCACAAGUACGUUAAAGAUGCGAUCACACGAGACAAGGCAGCUCAAAGYCUGCGCCCCUCUUUGGGAAGCACUCAGCGAAUCCUGCAGGAACUCCGUUCUUCCAGGCAAGUGAAAAGGAAGGAGAACCGUUACCGUGUGAUAUCCAGCCAUCGGCCAGACUGUACAGAAACAGCUGCACCUGCCACACGGGGCGAGGCUGCRCUCGAUGGGGACAGGUCAGACUCUGGAGCACAGGAAGAUGCUUCACMAGAGGAGAGCAAUGCUGUCGAUCAGAGUUCUGAUGGCUGUGGGAAAUUCCAGCUGUUUGAUAUUGUACAAGAAGAAGAGAUGGUGGGAGACUCCAGCAUAACCUCUGCAAACCCACAGCAGAAGACUGAUCCAGAUACAAUUCUUUGCAAUGCAGUAGAGAUGAUCCGUGAGCGUUUAAAUCUUUCUGAAGACGGUAAAAAAGAACACGGUGACAAAGAAGAUGAAUAUGUUUACGACAUCUAUUAUAAGGAAACAUCAGCCCCUGACUGGAUUGAAAAUAUCCUUUCUGUACAGCCCUAUAGAGAAGAAUACGAAUGGGUAAAUGAUGAUCCUGGUCCAGAAGAAGUGUAUGAAGAUGAAGAUGAUGAAAAUGAUGAAAAUAACUGGCGUAAUGACUAUCCUGAAGAAGAUGAAUUUUUUCCUGAGGAAGAUGGAGAAAAAGACUCUGAUGAGAGCUUCAGUGAUGAGGAACAAUGUUACAGGAGAAGAACAUGGGACAAAUACCGACAGGAAAUUUUGCAGGAAUUCGGAUACGAUGAGAUUGAAGAUUUAGGUUCUGACUAACAGCCUGUUCGUGGAGAUGAAAUGCACACUGAAGGUGGAAUUCUGCUGCUGUAGGAGAAUGUACUCGGAGCAGCCAACUUCAGCUGGUGGAUAUUAAAACAGUUGGGUAGGAGUAUGGCCACUUGACAACACAAAUUUUGUUCCAGCCAUAAGAUGCUGUAUGCUUUAAAAUACAGUUUUCUGCCCAUUGCGUGUGUUGAGGUUCUGAAGGGACUUUUAAUUUUUUUUUUCCCCCAAAGCUGCAUGCCCAAGAGUUUGUACCUGUAGCAAAUGUACCUCCACAUAUAUGGGGAUACUGUUGGCAACAGCCCUUCUAGUCAUGACUAAUGUGUCAAGUUUCACAAGAAGRUCAAAGUGUCUGCCUUGAUGCCCAGUAGAGGUCCUGGGAAAAGGCAGCCUAUCUUAGUGGUUUCUACUUCAUUUGUUCCUAAGUGUCAAGUGACUUUCUUCACAAGUGUUUGAGCAUAUGAAAUGCCUUGUCCAUGACUCUCCACAGUCUACUGUUGGAAUAGAACAAUGUGCAUUUAAAUUGUAAAUAAAAGGGGUUUUUAUCAAGUUUUCUUUACUCAUUUAAAGAUCAAUGAAGUUGGUACAGCUGAAUCCAGGUCACCGUUUUAAUUUGCAUUCAUACAUCUUUAAAACAAUUCCAUCAUACCUGUUCAGACACGCAGAAUAUUUCAGUACUGUCCUACUUGAUAUAAAGAAUACCUAAUUGGAUUAGCUGUUACCUGCUCAAGAUCAUUUAUGAACUCUAGGUUGCAGCAGUGACUUAGGCCAAUUAGUUCUGACUGGUAAUGGCAAAGUAGUGGAGGCAAAAUACUUGGUUUUGUUUGUUUCAGAGAAAGGUUAAUAUCCAGUGCAAAUGUCCAGAUAUCCCCACUAUUACUCAAGUCACUGAUGCAACUUUGGYGUACCAUUUGAAGAAUGUAUGGCUUCAGCCAUAAUCUUGUAAUUACAAGAUUUAGUUCARCUGAAAUGCACAAAACCCCAUGUGGCCAAACUCAGGUCAAGUGAGAUAGACAUCCUGAACUAAGGUAAAAAUUCCAGGUAUGCUUUUCAAGUACAUCUCACUUUACUUGCCAAACAGGCUGACUUCUUGYUGCCUUUUGCUGCACCAAAAUUUAGUGUCCUGAUUUUAGGCUUACAGCUUUSGAAUUACAAAGACUACAAAUCAGCAUGUUUGUGCUGCAACAGUAUUUUUUACUUUUCUUUUCUUCUACUACUUCUUCUUCUACUUCUUCUUCUACUAGCUUUUCUUCCUGCUAGUCAGCUUUCAAGCUGCUGCCACAGGGAUUUCUGUGAGGUUUUGGAUGGUUAUUUUCUAGUGAACAGUACUGAAAUUUACAAAGGGAAUUUUCUGACUGCUGAGCUAACUCGGGCUAAGGUGUGUUCACUGAAACAGUUCAAAAAUAAAUGAUUACAGGCUUCAAACUGAACAUUUUAAUUUUGGAAAUUUUAUAAAACCUAGCAGAAAUUGGCAAAGUACUAACAAGUUAACAAGAAAAAAAAAUCAUCAACUAUAAAUCAAAUCUUUAGUGACCAGGUGUUUUGCUGAUUAGAUCCUAGCUACAGUCAGAAACAUUUCUAUGUACCAUACAGAAUAAAAUCCUCAAAGGGGAAAGGUUGGUUCAGUCUUUAAAUAAUGGAGAACUUCAUUAGUUUUUCUGCUCCUAAUGAUAAAUUAGGUCGUUUUUUGUGASCAGUUGUCUUCUGGGAUAAGAACUGAGUGCAGAACUGAGAUAGCACAGCAAAUCAUUUCAUGCAAACAUCCAUCAGAAUUAAGCUGGAAGUGACUUGGUCUUUGGAGUCAAAGUGGGUUUUAGUCUAACUUAAUAAUGCAUUACUUUACCAUCUGGUUCUGCAAAAAUCUAAUUUGAUCUGUUAGCUCUUAUCAUUUUCAUACCAAUUCUGAAGAAGAAACAGUAUUGACACACAGCUUGUGUGAGUAGGUAAUGAGUAGGUAAUCAUUAUCCAAUGAAAACAUGCCACAGUUUAGGGGCAUGACCCAAGGACACGAUCUAUGUUGGAAUCCAUCUGCAAGGAAGAACAUUUUCAGCAUUUCUGGAAGACCAUCGAAAAGAGUUUUCCUGUGUCUUCCAGUUCUACCUCUUUUCUUUUCUUUUGGUUUUGUAAUUGCUUUGUCCUCCCUCCUGCUUCUUGUAAUAGCUUUAAACUUUAGUUGGAUUUGAUUUCUAAAUUAAUUUCUUCAUUUGGGUCCAUCUCUGUUAAAACACAGUAACAGAGCAGCUGCAUGUUUCGUGUGAUGACACCUGCACAGGAAAUGGGAGAUAGAUCAGAACAAGAGCCACCUAUCUCAGCUGGGGCCAGCUCACCACAACCCGUUCCAUCAACACGCCAUGAGUCACCUAUUUACUCUUCUUUCCUAACGACA